CUGGAGUCAUAGACAUAAUGUCUGCUCAGACUGAUGUUCUCAUUGUUGGCGGUGGUCCCUCUGGCCUCAUCUGCGCGCUCGCCCUCGCGCAGAACGGCGCACGUGUUCGCGUUAUCGACAAGCUCGCCACACCGCGUCUCGGGCAGAAAGGUUCUGGCAUUCAGCCGCGCACCAUCGAGCUCUACAAGUUCCUCGGCCUGCUCGACGACGUCCAGGCGCGCUCCGGCUACCCGCAGCCGCUCGUGCACUACAAGCUACCCGGCGGGACGGAGAUCGAGCGCGAGUUCGCGAUGGCAGAGCGCGUGGAGCCGACGCCGGACGUGCCGUAUUCCAACGCCCUCAUGCUCGCGCAGGACCGGCACGAGACGCUCCUCCGCGAGCACCUCGCGCGACACGGCGUCCAGGUUCAGAUGAGCACCGAGCUCCUCGACUUUACGCAAGACGCCGACAAGGUGCAUGUACGACUCGCCAAGGGCUCUGACGACGCGGAGAAGGCGGUGGAGGAGCUCGACGUCAAGUUCCUCAUCGGCGCGGACGGCGGGCACAGCAAGGUCCGCAAGCUGCUCGGGCUCAAGUUCGAGGGCGAGACGCGGCAGAUGGACAAGAUUGUGAUUGGGGAUAUUAUGGUGAAGCCGCCGGGGCUGAAUAGGAGCAAAUGGCACUCAUGGGGAGAUGCGAAGAGCAAGAUCGUCAUGAUGCGCCCCUCCGAGGACCAAGACCUCAACAGGCUGGCGCUGAUGGUCAGCGGGCCCGAGAUCGACUACGAGAAGACGGCGUCGAGCAGGGAGGAGUUCAUCAAGGUCUUCCAGGAGAUCAGCGGGCGGACGGAUAUUGAGUUUGGAGAAUUGGUGACGCUGGGGAUAUUUAGACCAAACAUCCGGAUGGUGGACAAGUUCGGCGAGGGGCGCGUCUUCGUAGUUGGAGAUGCUGCGCACACCCACAGUCCCACCGGUGGGCAAGGCAUGAAUUCCUGCGUCCAGGAUGCAGUUAACCUCACCUGGAAACUCUCGCUCGUCCUCAGAGGCCUCGCCCCGCUCUCCCUCCUCCGCACCUACACCGACGAGCGCGUGCCCGUCAUCCGCGAGAUGCUCGGCCGCACGACGCGCCUGCUCGACCGCACGCUGCGGCCGGGCGACAACGCGGAUGAGGGCUGGCGCCGCGGCGGCGCGCUCUUUAUGCUUGGCGUCCAUUGUCGGUGGAGCCCGCUUGUCGUCGACGAGCGUCGGGAGCCCCCGUCGGUCGAUGAGAGGGAGAGCGCGUACGUGGGCGCGAGGGGCGUGUGCGCGGGCGAUCGGGCGCCGGACGCGCCGGUGGAGGGGGGCGUGGGCCACCUAUUCGACUUGUUCAAGCCGACGCACCAUGUCGUGUUGGUGUUCUCGGCGGAUGCGGCGCAGGUCGACGCGGCCGUGGAUGCAGUCGCCGGUCUUCCACAAGGUUUGGCGGAGGUCACGGCUGUGCUGCCAAAGGGGACCGCCUCAGGCGUGGCGACAAAGGCAGGGCAUACGUUGACGGAUACGGACGGGCACGCGUACAAAGCGUACGAGGUUUCCAGCGACCCGACGAUCGUCGUGAUCAGGCCUGACGGGGUCAUCGGCGCCAUCUUGAAGAGCGCUGCAAGUGUGGAGAAGUACUUCAGGAAUAUUCUUACCUACGCGUAGAUACAGCGUCAUGCAUAUGCACAUGUACAAUUGGGAGGAGAUGUUUGUAUGAUACCUUUCAGCUUCUAUUGACCGCGGCGUUGUGACAUGGUAUAGGUUCGAGCAUGAAGUCAUCAAAUUCCCCGAGGGCCGUUGGAGGAUCGGUGCGCCAGUAAGAUAUGCCAUCAAGUUCGGCCUGUGGGAUGGCGCAGGACAGGUACUUUAUGUGCUUCCAGAUCGUAAACGAAUCAGAGGAGAGGGCGGCGGACAGUUGAUUGGCAAUCCGAC